AUGCAUUUUCAGAUCAGCAGAUCGUGGGGGAAGAAGCAAGAAACGAGACAAAUGAAAACUGUUUUUAUUGUUGUUUUAUCCUUCUCUUCUCUUCUAACACUGAUAAGCCUGGAGAGCCGGAGCACAUUUCGUUGCGAGAAGAUUAAAGAAAUGUUUCAAGCUGCCUUUCUAUUUAGUUUGAUUAUUCAUUGUACUGGUUAUAGAAUGAUGACGCCGAUUUCGAAUUUUAUUAUUGAUUCGCAGAGAAAGGAAGGUGUGCGGUAUGAUGAUCAAAACGAAUUACGUUUUCAUUUGCACGAAGUUGUUAAAGAAGCAUUUUCGGAUGCAAUUCAUCAGAAUCUUGAAGGGAUCGACUAUUAUAGUCAAGGAAUCGCAGAGUCUGAACAGAAGAUUGUUCUUCUCGGAGAUCGGAUUACCGGUGACAACGUCUCGAACUUUUGUGGAUCUCUAGCCAGGAAACAAUUCUUCCAUGUUCCGAUUCAUUUUCGAGAUGGAAUACACUUCAACCCUAUCAAACAGAUACCGAUUCCUGUUGUUAAUUUAACAAUUCAUAUUCCUGAUCGAUGGUUCAGAGACCCUGGAAGUAGGUCUCCACUGAUGUACGUAUGUUAUGAAGGUGAGACGUUUCUAAAAAUUCACCCAAUUGAAACAAAACCGAUGGAUUGGGGAGAAAAUGCCAGAUUUCGGACAACUUCUAUCGUAAAUUCAUAUAAUGAGAGGUCUAGGAUCAGAGAGAUUCUAGUGGUUCUCGAUGAUUUUUGGAACAAUCGAUAUCUUCUACCACGGAAUCUGGAUGCUCGAGCAAUCCUUGACACAAAGUCCAUACUUCCAAGGAUCACAUUUGGAAAGGAGUGCGAUCCUUCUCUUGGAAUAGAACAACCAUGUUGUCUAUGGAAGUUCCAAUUCGAAGACAUUGAUGGAGUCCCACAGGCAUUUCAUCGAUGCUUUGGAAGUAUUCCAUCAGAAGCACUGAAAUCAAAUCAGAUUCCUGAAGCAUUGGCGGAUCUAUUGCUACGUGGCAAAAUGACAAGACGGUUUCUGUCGCCACCAACGAGAGUUUGUAGAGAAGUUUCGUUCAAGCCAAUGAUUGUUAAGAGACCCGAUGGGAAGUAUAUGAAAAUGGAACGAUUGGAUGCGGUAAAAUGUGCAGCAUUCUAUUGAUUUGGCGCUUCUCUUCUAUGAUACAUUAAAAAAAAAUUUGAUCUCACUUGUAACAUUUUUUAUAAAUAUAAAAUGAAUAUUUCCGCAGUACACGCGGAUUCGUGGAUA